GUCACAAUGUUUACCCGGAAAUGAGGAGUCGCUGUACCAACUGCUGUCGGAAGCUGUAAUUUUCCGAUUUCUGCUCUUUUUUUGUGCAGCAGACUGAUAAAUAACCGCGUAAUCUGACUGUAUACCACUGACGCGGAAUGUACAGCGGACUCCUGCCUAAAGGUUUAACCGAAGACGACCUCAGUCCUGAUGACGAAGAGGAUGAGCAGGAGGAUGAUGUGGAGGAGAAGAGGAGGGAGGGUGAGAAGUGUUGGGGCUCUGCUGCAAAGUUGAGCUCUGCGGGAGAAAACACAGGCUCAGUGGUGGAAGCACAGUCGACUCACGAUGCCAGUGAUUCAGAUAGUAAUUCCCCGACAUGCAGCAUGCCUGGUAUAUCCCAAGAAAUGUGGCAAAAAUUUAAGGACCUACGGAAGAAGAAUGACGAAAUGAAGAUGAUGAAGGUCCCCAGACAGAGAAAGAGAAGACGACACAAAAAAGGAACAGGAAGUGAAGAACCUACAGAGAAAAGCAGAGAGCGUCAGGAGGAGCGGGAGAAGCAGUGGGAUGAGCUCAAGCAGUAUUUUGGUGUAAAUGAUCGAUUUCAUCCCCCUGCAUGUUCCAAACCCCCUCCAAAGUCCGGCCUAGAAAAGAGCAUAGAGAGGGCCAUAGCUGAAGGGGACAUUGCAAAGGCGGAGGAGAUGAGCGACAGACUCGCCACUCGAGAGCUUGCUGUGAAUAUCGCUCAAGCCGCUGAUUGCCGUGACUUUGUGCAACGCAAACAGGAAGAGGAAGCUUUGAGGGCAGCGCAGAAAAGGAAGAAGGAAAUAGCCUGGGGGUUUGAAGCUAAACAACGAUGGGAAACCAAAAGCAACAUGGGCUUCAUGUGACAAACAUGGCAGAAGAGGAGAAGGACUGUUUAUUUAUUUUUAAAGUCAAUUUGAUAAAAAAUAAUGUUUUUGAUGGCGGACUGAUCCCGUUUCUCUUCAUUCUCUUUGUAUAUUUUGAAGACUUCACUACAGCAGAGUGUGAGAGGGUGAGAAAGUCAGACAGCUGGCUGAGGAAAAACCAAUCCAGCGCGUACAAGAAAGAGAAGAAUUAUGGAGCAUUCAAAUUAAUUCCUAAGGCACCCAUUGGUGUCUGCAUUGUGUUAUUUUUCAUUACAUUUCAGUGAUUUGAGCGUUCUGGCCUUUUUUUUCCCCCUUCAAAUUAAAUCUGGUGUACAUUA